GGUCACAUGGGGGAUAGCAGUCUGUUUAAAACAGCCUCAGCUCGCUCACUCCGAGCAGUGCAAGACACAGAGACAGAUGCACACGUUGCCUCCUUCUCUUUCACACAAGCGCUCACACACAUGCUCACGUAAGGAGACAGCAACUUUCCUCUAUCGGACUGACACAAUACACACCCCUUGCUACACUGGAGGAAGAGGAUAAGGAGUGACAGAUCAGGAAAAGCAGACAAUAAAGAGGAGGUUCCCAGGUGAAGAAGAGGAUUGUGCAGAAGUUCAUCUUCUCCAAGAUGGCAAACCUUGUGACAUCGCUAUGCUGUGUAGUUCUGGCCGCAGUGGUGGUAGCCUACGCGCAGAGACGCAGUCAGCUUGUUGCCAGGAACCAGUACGAGCGAAUGGGCAGUGAUGUCACCAUGCAAUGCGGCUCCCUGGACAAUGACGCAUCGGUGUCGUGGAAGGUGAACGGGACGGACGUGAAGGCCCAGCACCAUCUAGAAGGCCCAAGGCUGAUACUGACCCAAGUGGACCUGGGCCACAAUGGCCUCUACAGCUGCUUUCAGAACCCAAACGGAGAGAGACGUGACACCAUCAACCUCCGCAUCGGCAUUUCCCCUCGAGAGCCCAUAGUCUCCUGUCGAUCCAACACGUAUCCCAAAGGCUUCUACUGCAGCUGGCACCAGCAGCACUCAACCUACAUCCCCACUACGUUUGAAGUGGACGUUCAACAUAACCAGCGUUCACUGGAGGUGCUAAAAGAUUCCAUCCAUAAGAACCGCUGCCAUGUACGUUUUCCAGAGGUCUUCUCCAUCUUUCCGUACAAAGUCAACGUGACUGCAAUCAGCGCUUUGGGGAAAGCCUCCAGCACAAUUUCUUUUGAGGAAUCCAGUAUAGUCAAACCAGACCCCCCCGAGCGUGUGACGGCGACUCCGAUCCGUUACAAUGCACGUAGGCUGGAGGUAUCCUGGCAGAGUCCUGCGACCUGGCCCGACAUCGACAACUUCCCCUUGAAGUAUUUCCUUCGAUACCGCCCUCUCAUCAAGGAGCAGUGGCAGCAUGUGGAACUGUCUGAGAGCACUUCUCACACCAUCACCGAUGCCUAUGCUGGGAAGGAAUACAUCAUCCAGGUUGCCGCCAAAGACACAGAGAUUGGAACAUGGAGUGACUGGAGCGUCGCCGUGCAUGCCACACCUUGGAUCGAAGAACCGGUGCAGACCACCUCCACGACUGAUGUGGAGUACCUCACGCAGACGAAGACCUCACCCAUCCCUUCAUCCAACGCACCACAUAAGGCUGAACCGCCGGUGGGGAGAGCUGCUAAACUUCUCAGCUUCUUCUCACCUCUUCUGUUAGUGAUGCUGCUGCUCAUCAUGUAAUGUAAAUGUCUUAAAGUGGAAAGGGGAUGAGGAGGAGGAGGUGGAAGAAAAAGAAGAAGAAGAAGAAGAAGUAGAGGCUGGAUCUUUGUUUUCUGUUUUGCACAAGUCCCAAGGAUACAGUGCAUUGAUCAUUUCUGUCUAUCACACACUUACUCGCCAGGAUUACUUGGACAAUGCCCCCACGCAGCAGGGUCAAUUCAUGGUGACGCGCAAGUUCUUCAGAGGAGCUCUUUUUGGCCGUGUUGUCAUCUUCGCCGUCUUCAUCAGCAGCAACAGUAGAAGCAACGCUGCGAAACACUUGUCGUCUAACAGCGCCUGCUGGCUUGAAUUUGAAUUGUUUGGUUAGUAACAGUAUCGACUCGCUUCUCUGCUAUUAUUAUGAUUCUUUUUUUAUAUAUAAUGGUUUCAACCAAUUUCAUUCUGUAUGUGUGUGAAAAUACAGCGGAAUUCACACACAAACACGCAUACAUCCAAGUCCAGCAUGUGUGUGCGCAUGUGUUAGCGCCCAGCCGCUGUCCCAGUGCCCCAUACAGCUAAACCGUCAUGCCAACUCCCCAACACAAGCCGAUUUGAAACGUAAUGAAUGGUGUUUGCCUAAAAAAAAAUCCAGAAGAGGCCACAAAUAUGAUGAUGCCAUUUGAAAUCUGCGACCCCGUUUCAAAAUUCAACCAAUGCUUUGGUUCGGAUGUGAGGACGAUCACUUGCAAGUCACAAAAGUCAGACAAUUAGCUUGCAUCUGUCAAAAAGGACGAUGAUUGUAAAACAAAAAAAAAAAACAACAAAAAAUAUAUCUAUAUAUGUAAUAAAGGCUAAAGCUCCCCAACAUUUUUUUUUCUUUUUGACAAUGAUACGGCUGUUUUUUUGGAGGCAUUGAUGGCUGUAAAAUAACCCAAAUCAGUUUGCUUUCUGACGCCUUCAGAGACAUACAAAGUAGAAAAUGUCUUCUUGCAGUUUCCAGUAGCCAAGGUCAACUCUUGCUGUUAUGUUAUUCCGAUGAGUACUGAUGUGUUUUAUUGUGUUUUUUUUUUAAUAUGUAUUUUAUGGAGAAGCAACUACAAAAACACACAUAUAGGCUUUUAGUUCUUCUGUUUGGAUUUAUUGUCUUUAUUUUUUUUUAAUCCGACAUUCAUAAUGGCUUAUUUCUCUGAUCCUAUUUUGUAAACUAUGAUAUGUAACUUUAACAUUGAAGAAAAGUUUAUUAUUUAAUAAUAAUAAUAAUGAUAAUAAUACAAAAAAAUAUUAAUGUAUGUAUUAGCAGUAGAAUGUCGUUACCUGUACCUGGGGUCUUUUUUAUAGCUGUAUAUACAAUGACAGGUUUGAUCCAUUAAAUGUGACCAUUUCACAAUGAA